UGGUUCCUAAGAUAUCUAAGAUUAGGCUGCCGGAGAAACACAUGUUAGGGCUUACUACAUGCCGAUGUUCGGGUUGGUAGGUAAGGUUGCACGAACGGUUCCCCAACUUUGCCGAAGGUAUCUAGCAGGUCCACCACCAUAGACAGUUUCCCAGAUACAUAAUCUGAAGCUAAAGCAAGGCGUUUUGAGACAUUUUAUAUUCUAGGAAGGGCCUGUUGACAGUGUCCUCGGUAUAUAUUGAGAAUUGUAAAUACUCAUCAGGUAGCAUGUCCGACUCUAAACCUCUGCGCAUAACCAUUUUGGGCGGGGGCAUAGCCGGUCUGACGACAGCUCUUUCGUUGACAAAGUUCGCUCCGAUAAACUCUCCACCUCCCCUGAUUACGAUCUUCGAGAUUCGACCUCAGCCCGCAACAAUCGGUGGUGCCGUAAACCUCACGCCCAACGCCCUGCGCCUACUUUCCCACCUGGGCGCUCUCCAGGAAAUUCGCUCGUCCAGCUAUGGCGUUGAGUGCUGUGCCGUUGAGGUCUUCGAUAUCUACUCCGGUACCAAGAUUGCCGAGUCCAGUUUUCGUGGUCCAGAUGGCAAAGGACUCGGCACACCACCCUUCACAGCGCUUCGCAUAACAAGAGGCGAGGCUCUCAAGGGUGUUCUCGCGGCGAUAGAGAAACAUCCCAACAUAAUCAUCACAUGCGGAAGAAAGACAACUAAGAUCCACGAGACAGAGACAGACGUCACGCUCACCUUCGCCGACGGCACUUCAUCCACCUCGGACAUCUUAGUCGGCUGCGACGGCAUACAUUCCGUGACAAGGCUCACCCAUGUCGAGCCCUCUCGCACAGCAACCUACUCUGGAAUUUGCAACGCUUUUGGGUUUGCUCCUCUCAAAUCCCAUCAAACACCGCACUUCGAGGCCUCUGGCAUGAACUUCGCGCAGGGUGGCAUGCUGCUGACCUCCUUUCACAAUGCGGAAAGGAACUCGAUCUACGUUGGCGCACUGAUGCAGGUUCCAGAUGACAGCUUGCAGUCCAGGGACGGGUGGAAAGCACGAGGAGCGGACGCAGAGAGGACGCGUUUGGAAAUGUCGAAACGAUUUGCAGGGGCAAAAGAACCAGCGAUUGGAGAGUGGAUCGAGGGAGCGCAGGACUUGUACUUGUGGCCAGUUUUUACGCUGUCGAAGCAUGGAAAGUGGGCGACUAAGAGGGUUAUGCUAAUAGGUGAUUCUGCGCACGCUAUGCCGCCGCAAGGAGAGAGUACAGGGAUUGUAUUUGAAGACGGAGUGCUCUUUGCUCGCGUGUUGGCGAGAUGGAUGGAGAAGAGUCAAAACGGGAGUGAUGGAACACCGGUAAAACAGGCCUUCGAUGCGUAUGAAACAUUGCGGCGCGCCAGGAUCGAGACAGCGUGGGAUGAAAGCCAGAGUGUGGUCAAGACGGCGCAAGAGGUCGGGUGGCUAGGGCAUCGGAUCAAGAUGAACGUCGUUCCGUGGUAUCUAUGGUGGACAAAGGGCUAUCGGGAGAAGCAUUUCGUGGAGGAUGUCACCAUGUCCGAGAUUGGGUAUUGAUUGGGCGAGCGUGUCACAUGGAUUCUUUAAACUGCUAUACCC